AUGGCCGUUACGCUCAUCGGAUCUCCUUGUUCUCGGUGGUCUCUUGUCGCCGACCAUGAACAAGACUCUGUUCGUCGAAACCAGCCACCUUCUCUUGGUGCUCUGCUACGGUUUUGGAUGUUCUUCCCAGGUUGGUGGGAGUGUUUUUGCAUCAGUGGUCUCAACAUCUCUGAUGUUCUAUACGGGAUCUGGGCUGCAAUUUCUGUCCCCUAUCAUGCACGAGUGGAUCGCGUCAUAUCUCGGCGGGAUCGAUUUGAUUACAUCCGAAUACUCCUAAACUAUGAGGAUCAUACUGCCAUUGAUUCAUAUCUUGGGGAACUGAGAUAUGGAAAGUCUACUUGCAGCGAUCAAUGUGAUUUUUUGAGAUCAUCACUUAUGAAUAAGAGAAAUCAAUUUUGGAUUUCCUUAAGUGGUGGCAAUCACACAAAUCUCUCCCUCGUGAUCACUGUGAUUCGCCGGUUUAUCAAUCAAGGGGAUUUGAUUGGAGUUCUCAUGAUCAGCCAGUUUUAUCUCGCCAAUCAUCUACAAAAAGAGAAACUGAGAUCUCACCUUUUUCAUCACGAUAGAACUAAGAUGGUUUCUCUAACCUUUCAGAAUCUUAUUCUCUCCAUAUUUAUCAUUGCAUCUCUCAUUAUGGCUUACUUUGGUAAGAUGGUGGCUCCAAGAGACAAAAGAAAGAGACUGUCACCCAUUCAGAUGCCCGACUUUGAUGACUCAGCAAUCAUCAAGCAAUUCGAGAAGACACUGGUUGGCCGCGUGUUGAACCCGACCGUGUCAAAGCUCUCAUUGCGUUCUUACCGGCGGUGUGGCAAAGUGAGGAUAGAGUCAAGGGAUUAG